AUAAGAGUCAUAAUAAGAGUUACUUUUGUCUUGAGUAACUUGAGCGACUGUGGCAUACCAAGACUGACCCCUGGCGCUAGAACACAUGCAAUGUUGCGGGUGUGAUGCGGCCUGCCUGCCUGCCGACCUCAUCACCGCGGACCGAGUAGACAUCGAAACUCAUGUAGUCCCAAGCUGCUGUGCAAAACGCAAGCAGGCGCUGCAAGUGGACAAACACGCAACUAUAUAUAUUUCCCCCCCCCCCCACUUCAAAUGACCUUAAUGCCAAAACUACGCGGUGAAGAUAUCUAAGUGAAUUCGUUUGACUUUUAGGCAACUGCUUAAACUUGGAAUACUUUUUUUUCUUCUUUUUCUGCAAACCAGGACGGCCAGGAUUUUUGCCUCCCAGCGGUCCUCAGAGAUGUUUGACAAACAGCCCUACGAGAGUCCACCGGUGUACACCCCACCAUCCAAUAAUGGCUUUGGAGCAGCGGGCAGCUUCCACGCUCCUCUGAGCGAUUACAACGCUUACCCUCCGGCGCCGGGAUCGUACUACGUCGAGGACAAGCCGCAGCACUUCUACAAAUGGGUGUCGCCUCCGGGGAUCGUGAAGGCCAUGAUGGCUGUGGUCAUCGUGCUGUGCUUGGCCAUCUUCGCCUGCGUGGCCUCCACUCUCAUGUGGGACAUGCAGUACGGGAACGGGAUGGGAAUGGGCUACGGAUCGGGUUACGGCGUCGGAUACGGCGGCGGCAGCUACGGCUCAGGAUACGCUGGCUACGGCAAUUACGGCAACUACCAGGGCUCCUACGUUUCCCCUUACUCGGCCAAAACGGCAAUGAUCGCUAUGGCGGCUAUCAACUUCGUAGGGGCGCUGGGUUUCUUCAUCGCCAGUUUCUCGAAAGCCGGCGCCAUGCGUAGCAGAAAGUACUUUCUGAUCCUUCUGAUUGCCUGUAUCAUCAUGGCUGUGCUGCAGGGCAUCAUAAACAUUGUUUAUAUAGUUGGCGUGAACCCCCAGGCCCAGGGCACAUCCAAUGUGAUUUACAACCCCAUGCUCAUGAUGUGCCAGAGCCUCUACCAGACGGGCUAUUCGCAAAUGGGGGGAGUGGGAGGCUUCCCUAUAUACAACCAGUACCUCUACCAUUACUGCUUUGUGGACCCUCAAGAGGGAGUCGCAAUGGUGUGCGGAUUCCUGAUGGUGGUCGCCCUGGCUGUCGCCGCGUUCUUUGCGCACAAAACCAGAGGCAAGAUCUGGCGCUACGGCAAAAACAACAUCUUUUGGGUUGAGCCUCUGGUUGGCGGCAAGGCAUCGGAAGGCAGAGAUGUCGAGGACUGGGUGGACAAUGUGGAGGAAAACCGCAGCGUUCAAGACGCCCCGACCCUUCUGGUGUCCGAGAAAGGAGGUGGUCCGCUCAACGCUUCGGCAAACAGUGUCAUCUCCUACACCCCGGCCAAGCUGGACGGCAGCUCUUUCAAUGGGGACGCCUACGACAACAAUGAAUACUCUGAACGGACAAUCUCCCGGCCGUCAGAGGCUUUUUCCCACGGUGGGAGAACCAGCUCCAGUCCUUCAGAGGAGACCGGCAGAGGCCGCAAACCCUCGGCCAACCGGGCCAAGCGACGCAGACGUAACCCCGACAUGGACGAGUCUCAGUACGAGACGGAGUACACCACGGGAGCCGAGACGGGCAACGAGCUGGAUAUGGAAGAGUGGGAGAGCAUGUACCCCGAGAUCACAUCUGACGAACAACGUCACAGCUAUAAAUCCGAGUUUGACGCCGACCUAAGAGUGUACAAGCGCAUGUGUGCCGACAUGGACGACAUCAACGAUCAGCUUAACAAACUUAGCAGGGAGUUGGACACGCUCGAUGACACCUCUGUUAAAUAUCAGGGUGUAGCAGAGGAAUAUAAUCAUCUGAAAGACUAUAAGAGGACACCAGAGUACCAGUCUAAGAAGAAAGAAUGUCGCAGUCUGAGACACAAAUUGUUCCACAUCAAGCGCAUGGUGAAGAACUACGACAAGAGCCACUCAUAAGACUUAGGCCAUGUUGACAACGCUCUGCAAACACUCCAAAAUGCUUCGCUCACUCUCGGCUACGCUUGGACCACAGUUACUGGCUUACUGGGAAAGACACUGACACUGUUCUCUGAAGAACACAGAAGAAGAACACACUUGCACACAGGGAACAUUUUGGAUGUUGUAAUGAUGUCAUUAUAAUUUACAAUAUGGUUUAGAUAGUAUGUUUUUAUCUUCAUUUCAUUUAUGUGAGGCAACAUACCCAAGUAGACAAAUGACUCUUUGGUUGCCCAUUGUUAAUUAGAAAGUACACAACACUAUUGAGUAGAAUAUGUCACCUUUUAACCUUCAUUAGGGUAAUAAUAUUUGUAAUUUUUUUCUAAUUAAACUCCAUGCUGAAUACCAGCGUCAGUGAGACCAAAAAAGGUGCACCACUUUGACCACUUUUACUGUAAUUAAUUUCAACAUUUGUUUAUUCUCCAUGAAUAGUUUAGUGGUGAUUUGUGUUUAUAUUCUCUGUGGGAGGCAAAGGAACAAUUCUACACUAAUUGUCUAUUUGGUUCUUGAUUUCAUCUUUGUAUUGGAGUCACUUGUUCUUAAAUAAGUAGUCAUUUGAAAUCUUCUCCUGCCAAUUUGUGAAAAGAACAAUGUCUGACUGAUACCUAUGCAAAUAUUUGUAUGAAGUUACUUCAAUUACGUUUGGUAUUGUAUGGAUCAACUUAAUGCAUAAUGUUACAAUCAAUUGUAUAUUUUUUUAAAUUGUAUUUUUUUUUUUUUUAAAUUGUGAUCUGCCGUGUACAUGUACGUCUGUUUCACAAGAACAUUGUUGUCAUCUGAUAAACAUUUUGUGAACCAUUUAUUUUUGUAUGCAUUUUUUAAAAGCUAUUAUAAACCUUUGUAACUGACAGGCUAAAAAGUAUUGAAUUCAUAAAAC